AUGUCUACUAAAAAACGCAAUAUCAUGCUCAUUGUAGACAACUGUCCAGCCCACCCACAGUUAACGGGUUCGAAAUCCGUCAAGCUAGUAUUUCUACCACCAAACACUACCUCCCACACCCAACCAAUGGACCAGGGCGUGAUCCGUAACCUGAAAACCCACUACAGAAAGCUGGUCAUCCAACGAAAGCUCCGGGCCAUAGACACUUCGACAGACGUAACCAUUACAGUCCUAGAUGCCCUCUACAUGCUAAAGAAUGCCUGGCGACAAGUUACCCCAGCCACAAUCUCCAACUGCUUCAGACAUGCCGGUUUCGUACUGCCUGACUCCCCGCCAUGUGAGUCCAUUGCCACCCCUACUGAUGUCGACGACGAUGAUGACGACGACAUUCCACUAGCUGUCUUGAGAAAGCUGUCCACUGGUGUAUCUUUUACUGACUACGCACGUGUUGAUGACCAAGCCCUUACCUGUGCCGAGAUGACCGACAGCGACAUCUUAGAAAGCAUCGUGUCCCAACGCCAACCGAAAGCUGAAGAUGACGAUGACGACGAUUCCUUGCCAACGACCAAGCAAACCAUCCAUGACGCCAUGAACGCCCUAGAUACAGUCCGAGAUUUUCUCCAGCAGACGGGCAUCGGGAAUAAUACAGACUCAGCCGCCUCACAGAUUGCCGACGUCAGUUAUUCCAUCCAACAGUAUUUCCUCCUCGAGAGAAAACAGUGUACCCUGAGUGAGUUCUUUGGAACGUUUCUAAGUGUGACUGAUUAA